UGUUCAUUUCUACUAACCUUAAAAUACCGCUUUUAUUUUACAGCCCGACCUCCCAGUUAGAUAAGAGGAAAUAACUCAGAGUAUACAAAGCCAAUUGAGAUGGCUGUAUGUGGUCUCCUGGACUGCAUUGACAAAUUGCUGUCACCUGUUCAGCGGGCGGAAGAGGCCAUUAAGGAGGACCAAAUGGAAAAGUUGAAGGACUUAUUGGCUGUAUGUGAUGAACAUGGUAAUCAUCCAAUCAAUGAAUUUACGUUGGUGAAUGCACAGGCUAAAGAAACGCUACUUCAUUUUGCAGUUCAUCAGGAAGCCGCCCGAUGUGUCGCUUUGGUCUGCAAUCAGCCUUACUGUUGGGACGCAGAUCGACCAAACCUGAUUGGACGUUCGCCACUCAAUUUGGCGGAAUCUCGAGGCUAUCUACCAGUGUGGUAUCCGUUGGCUGUCAACUCCCAAUCUAACAAACCGACGGUUCCACUUCCGGGAUUUGGUGAGAAGACGUCACGCUCAGUUGCCGCCUUUCUCAUCUAUCCACACGUGUUUGUACAAAAACCUUUGGACUGGUCCGUUGACGUUUUCACUCCUUCCAAUCAACUUGGGCCCUCUAUCGCGUUGUAUACGAAAGAGCUAUCUGCAGCGAAUCUGGCUCUCUUUUUCGAGCUGUAUCGGGCCUCACCGGAGGCGCUACAUAUAGAUGAAGGGUCAAAAGCAUCGCCGCUACUUCCGCUAUGUCCAAACCGUUCUCAUCUCAACGAUUGUACUGCCUAUCCUGACUGUUUAGGAAGUUUUGAGUCCACUGCCGAGGACCCAUCGUCUCGAUUCCGCCAGCUCCACGCCGUUUGGGCCGCUCACAGGACUCAGUACACGGAGGCUUGUAGUAGUGUUCGGCAUUCGUCAGCCAGUACGGUCGCUUCUGAUCUUCACGGACCUCUGAGUCUGGUGGAUAGUUCGCGUCUCCUUAUUCGGCGUCUACUCGUGAAUCGUUUAGUUGAAUUAUCGACAUCAGACACGACCGCCCAUGGUUUGAACUACCCGAAAUUCGUGUCUCGCUUGGGUUUACCUUCAAGAUUGCAAGCUUUGUUGGCCUUUCGCGAUUUAUGGCCCGCAUUCCAACGUCACCGAGUCCCCCGACCAAGGUCUGUAGCACAGCACGAAGUAUUUGCACUCGAUCCAUGGUUCCCCCUCCGAAACUUUACGUGACUGUUUUACUUAACUUGUCUCGCCUGUUCUUACCAGAAACUCUCUUUUACUCCCAAAGUGGGAAUCACCGUUAAUUUUUCUGGGCUGUGAUAAUGUUUUUUCUAACAAAUAUUAUUUUGCUU